UAUAAAAUACUACUUCCUCUCUGCUAUUACUAAUAUUGUCUAUUUAUAUUAAGUUGAUAUCCUAGCACGAUUGUAUCAGAUCGUAUCACGAUUGUGGUCGUAUACUUAGGCCUGGCAAUUCCCGUCGUGAUAGGCUGUUAAUAUCAUAAGAUAUGUUUAUUACGUCGCUACGAUCGCUGGAUACGUGAAACAAAUAUGUGUUUAUAUAUCUACAGUAAGCAUAUAUGUAUGACAUACAUUUCCGUAGUACGUACAGCGCGUUUUACACAUAGUAAUAAUUCAGUUAUACAAUUUUCAAAAAUGUGUAAUCGAUUCUCUUCAAAGUUUAUUACUAUCGCAACUAAAUUUUAUUCCACCGUUUUUAUUCAACCAACUCAUAAAUUUACGGUCUUGCAACCUAAGUAUCCUGUACAAACGCAUAUAUUAACAACACGAUGUUAUAGUACGCAAAACCUAUCUGAAGAAGUAAGUGAACAUUAUAGGAAAUUGCAUGAAGAAGAAUUAAACUCUCUCCUAAAAGAUCCGAAAUACAAAGCUAUGUAUGAUAAAUACAAUUUAGAAAUACAGUACACAAAAUAUGAUACAGAGAAAGUACCUAAAAAAUUAACCGCAUAUAAUUGGUUACAUUUACUACAAACAAAAUCAAAAAGCGAAAGAAGGUCAUAUAUACAAUUUCUUUGGAAAUUGGAUAUGAAAAACAAACACGAAAAGGAGAAAAAAUUAUUAAAGAAGAAAGAAAAGGCAGAAAAUUAUGUUGAAGAUGAUACAUAUGGAUUAAGUAAAUGUACAAUGUUUCACAGAAUACGUACACAAACAAUAAGUGAUUUUUAUAAUGGCAGAUUGAUAAGUGCUAUGUUACAUGAACCAGUACUAAUAUUUGACGUUGGAUUUGAAGAAUAUAUGUCACCACAUGAGAGGGCGAAUUGUGCAAAACAACUAUCAUAUUCAUUCGCAAUGAAUCGACUACACAAUAGUCCCUUUAAUCUAUAUUUCUGUAAUGCUAACAAGAAUGGUAUUAUUAUGAACUUAUUACAUAAAAUAAUACCAUCUUUGUACAAUCCAGAAUUUCCAUUAAAUAUCACAUCAAAAUGCUAUUUAGAAACAUUUGAUAGAAAUAAAUUAGUAUAUCUUACCCCUCAUACUGACACAGUUUUAAGAAAGUAUGAUGCUAAUUUAAUAUAUAUAAUUGGUGCAAUGGUAGAUAAGAAAUAUCCUCAACCAGUUUCAUAUCAAAAAGCUAAGCAACAAGGUAUUAAAAUGAUGAAGUUGCCUUUAAGUGAAAGAUUAAAAUGGGGUUCAGGAUCUUCAAAAAAUCUUCCUAUCAACCAAGUUCUUUCUAUCAUGUUAGAUUUGAAACAUACUAAGAAUUGGGAUGUGGCAAUGAAAAAUAUACCUAAACGAAAAUUACAACAAGCAAGGAUACAGUUACAGGGAAGAAGAUUGUUAAAAAAUGCAAAAAUAUUAGAAUACUUAUAUAGAAAUAGAACUUCAAACUUAACAAAUAAAAAGUAACGUUUCUUACACAUUUGAAAUCAAAUAAAGUUAUAAAUAUAAAUUA